GUCUGAUCUCAAGAAAGUUUCUGAUCACAAUAUGAAGUUACUGUUGGUUUUCAUCGGUGCUGUCCUGGCUGUGUGUCAGGCAGGAAAUAUAAAAGGUGGAUCCGGUGGAGGACACAGAGGAUCUGGCGGUGGAUCCUUUGGAGGAGGAUCCUCAGGAGGCUAUGGCUCUCGUGGUGGCUCCUCCGGUGGUGGUAACAAAGGUGGCUCAAUAGGUCACAGCUCCUCUGGAGGUUUCGGAGGAGGAUUUGGAGGAGGAUCCUCUGGAGCCUAUGGCUCUCGCGGUGGCUCCAUUGGUGGUGGUAUCAAAGGUGGCUCUGUAGGCCACGGCUCCUCUGGAGGUCUUGGAGGAGGAUUUGGAGGAGGAUCCUCUGGGGGUUAUGGAGCUAGUGGUGGUUCCUCUGGAGGUCUCAGAGGAGGAUUUGGAGGAGGAUCCUCUGGGGGUUAUGGAGCUAGUGGUGGUUCCUCUGGAGGUCUUGGAGGAGGAUUUGGAGGAGGAUCCUCUGGGGGUUAUGGAGCUAGUGGUGGUUCCUCUGGAGGUCUUGGAGGAGGAUUUGGAGGAGGAUCCUCUGGAGGAUAUGGCUCUAGUGGUGGUCACGGGGGCAGAUCUGGAGGAGGAUUCUCCGGUGGACAUGGAGGCGGAUCCUUUGGAGGAAAGGGUUCCUUCUCCACUGGUGGAGGAUAUGGAAAAUAAAAUUCCUUUCAUUGAGAGGUCGACAGCUGACUCUGAAAAAGAAUGUCGACUUAUGGAAGAAAAUUGACAUAUAUGUUUGUAGAACAAUUUCCAGAA